AUGAAAAAAGAUUUUAUAAUUGAAAGACUAGAUGCAUUCAAAUUAGAAUUUGACAAUUUUCAAAUCAGAGAUUAUAAUUACAAAUAUUGUCCAUUAAACCAACCCCACAGAAAGUUAAAGGUACCAUUAAAAACAUUUAAAGCCAUUGGUAAUUUCCCACACUUGCUCACCAAAGAGAACCCACCAAGACCAAGCAACGUCAAAGAUAAACCAAACCCAGAUCUAUUCCCAAAAACUGUGGGUGAUGUAUUUGGUUUAAGAGAAAUUGAUUUUGCAAGAUUAUCAAUGUUUUAUAAUGAAGAUUUUGGUAUAGAAACUUCAAACACAUCAAUUGAAUCGUGGAGAUAUUUAUUUUUCGAAUGGUUAGGUUGUAAUAUUUUCCAAAAUACUACAGUACUCCUCAAUAAAUUUUAA